AUGUCUGCUCGAUACCAGUCAACUUCUGACGGUCAAACACCCUUCGAAUUCGAGUUCACCCGUACUCCAAGUUUUGGCCUCCACCUCUACCAGAACAAUCGACUGAUCGAUGAGAGGCGUAACGCCCACACCUUGAACGUGGAGCAUCCAGAGCUUCGGGCGCGAAGCCAGUCGUUGUCACCAUCCAUCGGGCGAACCUCGCUGGAGUCGACGCACCAUUCGGAUUCGGCUCUCCUGCAACAGAUCAGCAUGGAUAUCCCAACAUGUUAUUCUAGCCCGGACCGCCGCGCGAACCGUCCGCUGUUCCCGGAUCUGCCUUCUGCGUACGCCCAGAUCCAAGGCCGCAGAGCAGUCAGUCUCCAGCCAGUGUCAUCAAGUCGAAGUGGAACUCGCUUCCCUCUUAGUCCAUCAAGCUCGUCGUCUGACGAAGAGCUGCUCGUGCCACCUUCUCUUGGCAACAAUGGCAUACGGUUGAAGAAUCUGCGAAGUCGAAAGGUCCGCUCAGCGCAUGUUGUCCUCCACGAGGCUGAUCACCACCCUGAGUCAAGCGCAACCUUCGAAACUUCUGACGAAAAUACCGAACCCAACCGGAAGAAAGAUCGAGCUUCUACCACCCUUGAAGAAAUCGUUUCUCAGUAUGCAGACCCUAAUCCUUCGGAGUCGUCCUUGCGUCACGACAAAUUUGAGCUUGGGAGAUCAAGUGAUCACCAGAGAUCAGUGGUGGGACUCGGUCAACAGGGAGCCAGUGAGGCUGACCCCUUUCAUAUUGGAUCAUCACGACAGAGUGAUAUCGAGCCAACCUGCGAGCGUUAUCAACUGUAUGAGCAGAGAGGUGAGCCUGUCACCUUUCCAGCUCAUAGAAGUGGUGGAGCGAUGGAGCAUGAUGAAGCCUGGGAGGAAGGACUAGAGAGCAGUCGCAGCGGAUUCUUUACACCCUCAAAGCUACGUUUUCGCCUGUGCAAGAGAAAGACUGUCGACACAUGCACCUCAAGCUUGACCGGCAGAACUCCUGCGUCCCCUUGGGAUCCGCUCUCCAAUUCCACACAGUCCAAACCGUCCAGACCGCGCCCUCAACUUCACCACAAAGACCAUCCGGACCAUGCUCUUGAUCCACUUGCCCCAGGCCAACGUGGACACAGAGACAAUCCUGCAGAGAACAAAGAAAAUAAGACCAGGCAGCCAAGAUCAGCAGCAACAGUGGCACUGAUAAAAGACGCUGACGGUCAUCGCCAUCGCCAUCGCCAUCGCCAUUGCUCAAACCCUGCGCGCGUGUCUCUCGGCAGUCCGCCUCAUCCUUCAACCCUGAGUUCGAGACCUUUAAACCAAAUCACUUCGAGCUACGACAAUUCUCAAUCUCUUCCAGGCCACUCGUCUGCGUUGGUCACAUCCCAUGCUCUCGCAUCAAGCUCUCUGAUUCCCAACAUGUUUGACAACGCCUGUGUUCCGACAUCCAUGUCACCGAGCACCAUGAACUCGUCAACCGAAGAAGCACCACGAGCGGUAGCGAGCAAUUCGACAUUUGAGCUAUCUUGUCUCGGCACAAACAUUCUCAAUGACGGCGAUGCGAGAACAAAACGCUCUGAUCUUGCCUUCUAUCACGAUGGAAGCGCGGCUGUCCAUGCCGGAGAUCGUGUCGAAGGACCCAUUCAGGCUGUUCAAUCUGCGACGACCUUUAAAACUCUCAUUCCAUGCUUGAAGACAGACUCCUGCGCCAGCCACAGAAUCAUACUCCCGUACAUGACUCAGGAUGAAGCAUUGUUGGCGCAGCAUCUCUACGAAGGCGGAUACACACUGAACGAUGGUGACGUUUCUCGGUUCCUUCGAGACAGUCGGCGCCUGCGCCAUGGACUGGAAACCGCACAACAGUUCAUCGACAGUCACAGCAUGUUGGGUCGCCGGGCUUAUCGCAGCGCUGGAAGCAGCCUGGCAAACAUCUCUUCGACUUCGACCACUCUCAACCGACUACGUGUCGCCGAUGCCUCAAGUUCUGGUAGUCAUUACUCGGACGAUGACGACCAACCAGCUCGAAACAGGAGCCAGCCUGCACGCGGAGUUCUUCAGCUCUUGGGCGGCACCAGCAACACUUCCGAGUACACAAGCUUGGAGGAUUGCCGGGCGGUCUUGGUCUGCAACGAGGCGCCCAUCAGCGCCGACGAGCGAGUUGUCCAGCGUACAGCUGGCACCCUGCUGUUGGCGUUUGGUGUGGUGGCGUACCUGCCGGGCGGGUGGAUGUUGAUCCACUCGAUGGGAGAAGGAGGCCCGCUGGCCACGACGGCCAUGGCGGAGUUGACGCGGGUUCUGGUGGGGGGAGAGGAGGGUGUUGUUUGCUGUGUGCAUCCAAUGGAUGCUGCAAUGGCGCGAGCCCUGGAGAGAGCGGCGGUGGUGUUGGUGGUGUUGGGAGCCUUUUCUUGGUUGGCCGUGGCUGCGUGGGCGGCAACCUGGUGGUGA